GAGGAGGAGGAGGAGGAGGAGGAGGAGGAGGUGGAGGAGGAGGAGGAGGAGGAGGAGGAGGAGGAGGAGGAGGAGGAGGAGGAGGAGGAGGAGGAGGAGGAGGAGGAGGAGGAGGUGGAGGAGGAGGAGGAGGAGGUGGAGGAGGAGGAGGAGGUGGAGGAGGAGGAGGAGGAGGAGGAGGAGGAGGAGGAGGAGGAGGAGGAGGAGGAGGAGGAGGAGGAGGAGGAGGAGGAGGAGGAGGAGGUGGAGGAGGAGGAGGAGGAGGAGGAGGAGGAGGAGGAGGAGGAGGAGGAGGAGGAGGAGGAGGUGGAGGAGGAGGAGGAGGUGGAGGAGGAGGAGGAGGAGGAGGUGGAGGAGGAGGAGGAGGUGGAGGAGGAGGAGGAGGAGGAGGAGGAGGAGGAGGAGGAGGAGGAGGAGGUGGAGGAGGAGGAGGAGGAGGAGGAGGAGGAGGAGGAGGAGGAGGAGGAGGAGGAGGUGGAGGAGGAGGAGGAGGAGGAGGAGGAGGAGGAGGAGGAGGAGGAGGAGGAGGAGGAGGAGGAGGAGGAGGAGGAGGAGGAGGAGGAGGAGGAGGAGGAGGAGGAGGAGGUGGAGGAGGAGGAGGAGGAGGAGGAGGAGGAGGAGGAGGAGGAG